AUGUUGCAGCCGCAUGGAGCAACUUCUCUCGGACACUUUCUCCGGUUGCACCAACAGCAUAACGGUCUUCACCAAUUACACCCCACACAGCAACAGCACGGACACCUUCAACCUCAAAUUGUACCAUCGCAACAUCAUCAACAACAGUCACAACAAGUAGGUUCUCCGCAACAGAUUGGAGCGACCGGUAUUCCGGUAUCGUCGGUCCUGAACGGUCAACACAACGUCGGCACAGACGUCGCAAGUGGCGGAGCAAAACCGUUCACGAUCGCCGCGAUUCUAGGAUUGCAACAGGAAGACGGAACCGAUUUAGGAGCUGUCAUGAAUCUUAGUCUUCAUCGAACUAAUGUCCAGUCAACAAACAUAUCCGGCCCACGGCUUAUGCAUCCUAGUCACAGACACGAACACACGAUAGGAAAGAAAGGAUCAUCGAAAAGCAAAAGAGUUCGGACGAUAUUCACACCUGAACAACUUGAACGACUUGAAGCCGAAUUCGAGCGGCAGCAAUACAUGGUUGGACCAGAGAGAUUAUAUUUAGCACAUACCCUACAACUUACAGAAGCACAAGUAAAAGUGUGGUUCCAAAACCGCCGCAUAAAGUGGCGCAAACAUCACCUGGAAGUGACUCAGCAGCGACUCGCCAUGAUCAGGCAGCGGCAGCUAGGAUGCGCCACUCCCCGAUACGAUGUGGAACCCGCCGGCAACCUGUCCGACUCGAUGGACACGGGCAGUUCGCCUGAAGAUUCAUGA